AUGUUUGCGCGCAUACGGCAUAUACCUCUUGGAAGCUUUGCAUCAAGAUGUCAGUCCACAAAACGUGACCCGUAUGAAUUCUACAGAUUGGCCGCGGAAGUAAAGCGCCACGCCAAAUCGGACGCCGAAGCCAUAGAAACACAAUCACUCACUUUUGAUACGAGGAGCAAGAAGGACGCCGACAACGUUGAUUUAGAGACGAUUUUCGGCAGCGCCACAUCCAAGAACAAGAGUCUCAAAUCGUCACGUCGCGACGUGAGUUACAGGGGGAUUAUCAAAAAUAUCGCAGGCGUCAAGGUGCCGAAACGGCCCAUCGAGCCUGACAACUGCUGCAUGAGUGGUUGUAUCAACUGUGUGUGGGAGUUGUAUGGAGAAGAUGUGCAGGAUUGGAAGGCCAUCACCAAGUCGGCGGUAGAGGCUCUUCAGAAACAAGGCGACAACGUGAAGGAGAAAUGGCCCGUAGACUUUGACCCCCCACCGGCAUACUUGGAUUCCAAGUAUAUUCCUGAAGAGCUUGCCUCUUUUAAAGCCACACCUCACCAGCCUCAAGAAAUGCCAUUAGGAUUGAGUGCCUUUGUGUCACUAGAAAAUAAGUUGAAGAAGAAACAUGCACAUGAUCGGCCGAUUGAGAAUGCGAGAGAGACAAGAGAGGCAAACCAGCCGGUUACAUAA